AUCACGCCCGCUCCGUAAACCUCAUCCCAUACGUCAUUUCCUUUCUCGUAACGGAAGGGUGAUGUGGCUAUAAGAAAAUUGUGAAAAUGUCUGCCAUCUUUAAUUUCCAGAGUCUCCUGACGGUCAUCCUCCUCCUCAUUUGUACGUGUGCUUACAUCCGUUCCCUCGCUCCCAACCUGCUGGACAAAAACAAAACUGGAAUUCUGGGCAUAUUUUGGAAAUGUGCAAGGAUAGGUGAGCGGAAGAGCCCGUAUGUGGCAGUCUGCUGCGUCAUCAUGGCCUUCAGCAUUCUGUUCUCAGAGUAGCUCCUUCAGCAGAGGGGGUCAGCCAGGUUCCCCACAACAGUGGCAAGGCAGCACCACGGAGGGGGGCCUGGAUUCCCAGUGAUGGCGCCCUUUCCCAGUGAUGGAGCCCUUUCUGGCUUCGACACACCGAUUCGGCUCAAGAAGUCUGAGGCACAAACGUCAUGUCAUUCAACUCCCGUACCCCUAAGCCUUUCAGGCCGUGGGGAGGUCAGAUUCCUUUACCCCCUACAGUGUUUCCUACUACAUUUGUUUUCAUCUGCUGCACGACUGGGAUACUGAGAUCCUGGGGCUUCACGUUCAGCCAAAAAUCGCCGCUCGGACUCUCUCUCGAUCGUCAGGAACAUAUAGCCUCUAAAUGCAAAAUUGGUGAAACUGGCAGGGUCAUUCUGUCAUGUGAUAUCACUGUAUCACAUUCUUGGGCAAGCAAAUUUCACCAAAAAAAUAAGUGCCACACAAGGAUUGUUUGACCAAGAGCUUGAUUACAUCUAGAUUUAUUGUCUAUUUCUGGAAAAUGGAAUUUGUACGUAAAGGAAAACGUUUGUUCUAGUGUUGUUUCCCUUAAUUAUUUCCAAGCGCAAACAUUUCAGAACUUCAUUCCUGCUGUUGAGCAAGGAAUGUCAGUGUGAAUGUGGGCCAUUUAUGUGGAACCUGAACAGAUGCUCAUAAUGGCUUACUGUCUUGAUUAAUGCUGUCAUUAGGUAACAUUGGGAAACCUCACAAUUUACAAUGUGUUGAUCUUGAUCCGAGCUUUAUUGAAAAGUGUAAUCUGAUGUUUCCUUAACCAAAAUGAUUAAAAUUGGACUGGAUUUGGUCAUUUGUGCUUCUGGGCUAUUUGUAUUACAGUCAUGCUGUAAUAAUUCAUUUUACAGGUAUAGCUGGCUAAAUUCGUUAUGAGUUAUAUGAUGUUCACCUUUUUCAGCUGGAAACGGCAGUUCCUUGUUUAUAGAUUUUUGUAUUUAAUGUGCAAAGCCAUUUUGAAACCAAAAUGUGGAAUAAAAAAAUAACACUGCUAUUUGCACAGUGGGUGAUAAAAUGUUUUGAUGCUAUUAAACUGUUUCAUUCAUGAACCUCCUAUUAACUGAUUGAAUUUUUGUAUUCUCUUGGCCAUAAAUGUAUAUAUGCAAUCUCGUAAAUCUGUAAAUUAUGAAAUCCUUCUCUGUUUGUUUUUGAUAGCCAGAAUGUUUGUGCAGUUCAAUAUUUAAUAAACUGAACAGUCUUACCUUG